CUUCUCUCUUCAAUUUCCCUCUCUCCUCCGCCGCGUUCCGCCGCGGCAGCCACAUAAAAAUUAAACACACACAAAAUACAAAAAGAAAAAGAAGGGAAAUAGUAAAACAACACAACCACAUUGGUUGUUUGGAAGGAGACAUGGAAGCGGCUUUGGCAGCUUCCUCGUACAGGAGAAUAUUAAUAAUAACGACGACCAUCCUGUGGUUGUCGUCGGUUUGCAAUGGACAGGUUUUCGCGGUGGGGGGGCCGCCCAAGGCGACGGAGAUGGACAGCUGCGACGGGAUAUUCCUGACGUACACGCUGACAGCACGUGAGAUGGAGUACCCGCACGUGAAGAACAUAUCGAAGCAGGCGUGGGCGUUCAAGGCGGAGGCGUCAUUGAUGAAUGUUGGGGACGAAGAGCUGAAGGAUUGGAAGAUGUACAUCGGGUUCCAGCACAGGGAGAUUCUGGUCUCGGCCGACGGGGCCGUUCCCAUUGACUCGGAGGACUUUCCGGCCGAGGUUGGAAACGGUACCACGUUAGCCGGGAACCCUGUGACUGACCUGAAGACGGCCAUAGAGACUGCCGGGGAUUACACGCAGAUGGCGGUGACGGUCGCAAUGAGUGGCACACAGUUUGGACUAGGCAAAGGUGCCACCCCGAUGCCCAAGACUAUCAAGCUCGUCAAUGAUGGCUUCAAAUGCCCCGCAGCCUCUCGUAAAGGUUCGAGAAUGUUUGUAUGCUGCAGGAAGGACCCAAAAGCCAAAGCAAAACUAGCAAAGAAAACCAAGUUUCUCCCUCGCCGCUAUGGCGACCUAACCAUCGCCUACGACGUCCUCCAAGCCUUCCAGACGAGCUACUCCGUCCAACUCACCAUCGACAACAACCACCCACUCGGCCGUCUCGACCACUGGAACCUCACAUGGGAAUGGCAAAAGGGAGAGUUCAUCUACUCCUUGAAAGGCGCCUAUGCUCGCAUUAAGGACCAAUCAGAAUGCCUCUACGGCCCCGCCGGAAAAUACUACAGGGACCUUGAUUUCUCAAACGUCGCCAAUUGCCAGAAAAAGCCCAUCCUCUCCGACCUCCCCGCCGAGAAAAAGGAAGAUGAAAAGGUAGGUAAACUCCCCUAUUGCUGCAAGAACGGCACCGUUUUGCCCCCUGUCAUGGACAAGAGCAAAGCCAGAUCCAUUUUCCAGAUGCAGGUCUGGAAAAUGCCACCGGAUGAUAACCGCACGGCUAUCACGCCACCGAUGAAAUGGCACAUCGAUGGCGUGAUAAACCCUAAAUACACCUGUGGGCCACCUAUCCGGGUUGACCCGCAGGAGUUUCCGGAUCCUACUGGGCUCAAGGCGAUUUCCACCGCCGUCGCCAGCUGGCAAGUGGUUUGCAACAUAACGAAGCCGAAACCGCAGGAGAAUCGUUGCUGUGUGUCGUUCUCAGCUUUCUAUAAUGAAUCUGCAAUCCCUUGCAAUACCUGCGCUUGCGGCUGCCAUGAUACUACAAAAUGCAGCUCUAAGGUGUCUCCGAUGCUGCUUCCGCCCGACGCGCUUCUGGUCCCCUUCGUGAACAGGACCAUGAAAGCGCGUGCUUGGGCGAAGCUUAAGCAUCUUCACGUGCCUGCGAAGAUGCCUUGUGGGGAUAAUUGCCCUGUGAGCAUUAACUGGCAUGUGAGCUCUGAUCAUAAAGAAGGGUGGACGGCGAGGAUCACGCUAUUCAAUUGGGAGGAAUUUGCAUUUGAGGAUUGGUUCACUGCUUUGCAGUUCAAGAGGGCUUUUGAUGGGUUUGAUGAUGUGUAUUCCUUCAAUGGGACUAGAAUUCCUGGCAUCAAAACUGUUUUCUUGCAAGGGCUAAAAGGUUUGAAUUUCUUGUCUGGUGAGACCAAUGGGACUCAUACUUAUGAUCCUAGAGUGCCUGGGAAGCAGCAAUCUGUGGUUUCAUUCAAUAAGAAGCACAUUAAGGAUUUCGAUGUCACGCGUGACGCGUUCCCUUCUAAGGUGUUUUUCAAUGGAAUGGAGUGUGCUCUUCCUCCAGUAAGACCCACCAAGAGUUCAGGGCAUCAAUCUACCAUUAAUUUCAUUGUAGUCAUUUUCACAGCCUUGAUGACCUUUUUGAUGAUGAUCUGAGUUCAGCUGUUACCAUUUUGUUGUCUAACUUGGAAUUUGCUGCAGUGCAUUUGGCUUUGGUAAAGACUAAAGACCAGCAUUGAUCAAAAGCUUACUUUUAUAUAUAUACAUAUAUCAGUCUCAUCAAGGAUGGGGGUGCCAACUACACAAACUAUGGGAGAGAUAGCUAGCUAACAAUGCAUAAGACCAAGGGAUAAGUGAUGCAGCCUGUUUUGUGUAAAAGUACCAUAACAGUUUAUCUGAUACAAGAAUGUGUGUGGAACUUAUAAGUUCAGUACAUUUUUCUAGUUCAUAUUACAAAUUAGAUGGCCUUUUUGUUAGUUCAUGUAGUAGAUACGUUUCUCAAAGUGUCUACUCUUUUGAUUCA